AUGGCUAUCUUGAUGACAUUGACCCCCCCCCCCCCACCCCUCCCCAUAGGGCCCCUCCCCCCUCAGAACCUGUCUUUGGCACAUGUGACCUCCAACUCUGCCCAGGUGACGUGGGACCGCCACCCCAGGAACCUGCCGGAUGGCUUCGUGGUCAACGUGACGCGAGGCUUGAGCACCCGGAGUCGCUUCCUACCCAAUGGGAAGUUAGAGACGUAUACCCUGAGAGAGCUUUCCCCGGGGCAGCACUACCACCUAGCCCUCGUGGCUGUCAGGAAGACAGGACAGGAACAGAUCCACAGUGUACCACAACACCUGGCCUUCACCACAUGUGAGUGCGCUGUUCCCACCCCGUCCCAUGAGCCUCUGCUGUAACAUGCCCAUUCAAUAGGACCACACUGAGAUUUCAAAUUGUUACGCUCUGGGGACGUGUGCUUAGUGCCCACACACCAGAAUCAGAUAGGAACCAACUAAAAACUUUUACAAUCUGGGACUAUCUUUUUGGCUGCUUCAGUCCUCUAGACAGAAAGCCCUCCGAGCCUGGUUCCUCUCUAGGUCUCUUCCUAGGUUCCUGCCUUGUAGGGAGUUUUUCCGAGCCACUGUGCCUUGCAUUGCUUGCUCUGUGGGAUUUUAGGCUGGGUAUCUGUAAAGCACUUUGUGACAACUGCUGAUAAAAAGGGCUUUAUGAAAUAUAUUCGAUUGAUUGAUUGAUUGCUCUACCACUACUUGUAUGAAAUGCUUAUAUUCGUGAUCGUGAUCAAUCAACUUUAACUUUACCUUGGGCUCUCACAAAUAACAACAACUGUAAUCUCUCUCUCUCGCUCUCUCUCUCUCUCUCACUCUUUGUGUAUUUUCUCUGGAUCACCAGUACCGAUGGAGGAGCGAUGGGGAGGGAGGACGAGGGAGAGAACGUCUGUAGUGGGCCAGGGAACCCCUGUGAGUCGUACGCUAGCCCCGUCUGAACCCCAGGACCUGGGGGUGGCUGCAGAGAGAGAGCACUCUGAAGAGAUGCCCAGGUAAGAGGAGAGAGAGAGAGAGAGAGAGAGAGAGAGAAGAGCGAGAGAGCGAGAGAGAGAACAGAGAGAGAGCGAGAGAGAGAGAAGAGAGAGAGAGAGAGAGAUAGAGAGAGAGAGAGAGAGAGAGAGAGAGAGAGAGAGAGAGAGAGAGAGGCAGGCGAGACCCAGGACCUGGGUGUGGCUGCAGAGAGAGAGAGCACUAAAGAGAUGCCCAGGUAGGCUACAAACAAGCAUUGGGAUGGUUUUAUAGGGGACUGGGUAAACGUUUUUAAAGCCCUGUACUGCAGUGUUGGUUUUUGUGUCAAACUAUGACAAGGAAUAAGACACUAGAGGGCAGUGUUGCAUACGUAUUGCAUAUAUAUAUAUUGGAAUGCUGAGUUGAAACCUGCCUAUUUAGUGCUAAGGAGACAAUUCAAGGUUCGUUAUCUAAGGCUCUAUUUGUCCGUCUCUGUAAAAGUGUUUACCAUAAUUUGUUAUCUUCCAGAUACACAGAGCUGAUUGAUGGAAGGGGGAGGAUAACAGCUAAGUUCACCAACCUGCCCAGAAAGGCCAUCAGACACCGCACUAGUAAGUCCUGUCAUAACCCUCAUAUAACCAGGUAUAACCAGCCAGGUGUCACUAGUAAGUGCUGGUGGAAAGAUGCCAACUGCAGCAACACAUAGCAUCUUUAAGUGCUGAGCUUCAGCAUGAUGUGGUACAUGUUAACAAUCAUUUAGACCAGUAGUACAUUUGUACUGUAUGCUGGUAUGGAUCAAUCCCUCUUUGAUUCUGCCUUGCAGAACCCGAACCUCCUAUUCAGAGGAUGGAGGAGACAACCAAUAAGAUCAGCCUUGCACUAGAGAUCCAGAUGAAGGAAGAAGAGGAGGGAUCCAGAAGAAAACCUGGUAGGUAUUCUGGUGGUCUAGUCCCUGGUAGGUAUUCUGGUGGUCUAGUCCCUGGUAGGUAUUCUGGUGGUCUAGUCCCUGGUAGGUAUUCUGGUGGUCUAGUCCCUGGUAGGUAUUCUGGUGGUCUAGUCCCUGGUAGGUAUUCUGGUGGUCUAGUCCCUGGUAGGUAUUCUGGUGGUCUAGUCCCUGGUAGGUAUUCUGGUGGUCUAGUCCCUGGUAGGUAUUUUUGGGGUCUAAUCCCUGGUAGGUAUUGCAGUGAAUUCGGGGAUAGCCCCGAACGGUACUCAAAAGCGGGUCCUGCGACUGUCAACCCCACAGUUUAGCCUCCCAGCAAGAGAUCUGAACCUCUUGACAAGAUCGCUAGGUGUUGUUGUUGGUCGCUACAGUAUAAUCUGUAAUGCAGGACAGAGUUAUAGUGUAGUGGGAUCCCAGAUAUGGCACCCUCUCCUCUGUAACUGGUUCCAUAUGAAAAGAACAACAUUCCUUACAUCUCCCAGCACCAGUCAGUUUUAAUGGGAGGUCUGCCACAUGGAAGCUAUGUUAAUCUAUGCUAAUCUCCUCCUAUAGGCUGCGCUCAAUAGAAACAGCAUGUUCAUUAUUAUGUCUCUAGAUACAGCAGUGGACCGUUUAUCUUAUGGCCACAGGACUGUAGCUGGCAAAGAGGAGGAUGGAGAGAAUGUUAACCCAGCUUUACAAUAGAAGUGUAUUACAGAGAAAAUGUCCACUGAUAGGGAGAAGAGAAGGAUUACUGGGCAGAAAGAGUGGAAAAGAGGGAUGAGACUGAGAGGGGAGAGAGGAGAGAGAGAGAGAGAGAGGGGGGGGGGGGGUGAGAGAGAGAGGAGAUAGAGAGGGGAGAGAGAGAGAGAGAUAGAGAUGGAGGGAGAGAGAGAGAGAGAGAGAGAGAGAGAGAGAGAGAGAGGAGAGAGAGAGGAGAGAGAGAGGGGGGAUAGGGACUAUUUGGGUCGUAGAUCAGUACGUAUUUGGGUCGUAGAUCAGUAGGUAUUUGGGUCGUAGAUCAGUAGGUAUUUGGGUCGUAGAUCAGUAGGUAUUUGGGUCGUAGAUCAGUAGGUAUUUGGGUCGUAGAUCAGUAGGUAGUAGUAGGUCAGCCGUAGUGAAACCUGAGCUGGUGGUUUGUCUGCUGGGCUCCGCUUAACUCGGGGUCCUGACAGCAGCUGCUGUGUUUCAGAGUCGUCCCGGGACUGCCAGAGUCUGCCCUGCCUGAACGGGGGUACGUGUGCGAAGGGGAGCGACUCCUACAUCUGCGACUGCGCAGCCGGGUUCAAGGGCAGGCAGUGUGAGCUGUGUGAGUUUAUGCCUUCUGUCUUAAUAAUAAUAAGCCAUUUAGCAGACGCUUUUAUCCAAAGCGACUUACAGUCAUGCGUGCAUACAUUUUUGUGUAUGGGUGGUCCCGGGGAUCGAACCCACUACCUUGGCGUUACAAGCGCCGUGCUCUACCAGCUGAGCUACAGAGGACCACACUUGGUCUCCACCCACCCCACCCCACCGCACCCCACCCCACCACACCACACCACACCACACGCCCCACACCCCAUCACACCACCCACCACACCACACAUUGACAUAGGAGUGCCAUACACGCUUAGACAUUUUUUUGCUACCUAAAAGAGUUCUUCAGCUGUCCCCAUAGGAGAACCCUUUGAAUAACCUUUGUUGGUUUCAGGUAGAACCCUUCUGGUUCCAAGUAGAAACGUUUUGGGUUUCAUGUAGCUCAGUUGGUAGAGCAUGGCGGUUGCAACUCCAGGGUUGUGGGUUCGAUUCCCACAGGGGACCAGUACAGAAGAAAGUAUGAAAAAUGUAUGCACUCACUACUGUAAGUUGCUCUGGAUAAGAGUGUACGCUAAAUGACAACAAAUUUAAAAUGUUUUUCUUUUUAAAAAGUAGAACCCUUUCCACAGAGAGUUCUACAUGGAACCCAAAAUGGUUCUACCUGGAACCAAAAAGGGUUAUCCUAUGGGGACAGCCGAAGAACGCUUUUGGAACCCUUUUAUUCUAGUGUAGCAUAGAACAACUGCAUUUUCUCUCAGAUCAGCUGUCUUGGGCUGGCAAAGGAAAUAGAUUCAAAUUUGUCUUCCUCAUAGGAGGAAAUCAUGUCACAGCACCAUAACUACACAGCAACAUCCUCACAUAGAAAAUAGAACUUUGCAAGUUACAACAUAACUAUAACAUAACCAAUCAGGUACAAAGCACUUCAGACAAAAUAGGUUAUUUUAUAAAAACCUUUCCUUUGGUUUGAACUUGUCCAAUCAUGUUCACCAGUAACGCAAGGUGUUAUGCUGCAGCCCAGUAUGAGAUGACAUACACAACACACUUUUCUUUUUUAAUAUAGUACCACAGUAUGAGUCAUAAUACCCAUAAAACCUAGCGGUCAAACAUGGAAAUGGUUCCAAUCCUUUUUUCACCAUUUGUUUUUUCCCAUAGGGGAUUUUAGAAACACUUAAAAUAAGGGCUGUUUUUCGUGUAGGCUUUCCCUGGUGUGAUGUUUUGAUACCCGUGUAAAUCUCUCUCAGACAAGGUGACUUUUGCCGAUAUAUUUGCCUUAUAUCGUGGGUAUUAUGACACAUCCACUGUGGCGCUCUAUGCUGUACAUGUCCUCAUCCAAACACCCUCAGUCAGAGUGUUUAAACAUUCCUUUCCUAAAACCAUCAAUCACCAGGGAGGAGUGCCAAAUCUCACCCUCCCUUUCUCUCCUCUCUCGCUCUCCUUCUCAGACCAAAUCCCCGUCUCUCUCCCUCUCUCUUGCACCUUUUCUCUCCCUCUCCCUCAGAACAAAUCCCUCUCUCCCGCUCUGCACCUUCUCUCUCUCUCUCUCUCUCUCUCUUCCUCAGACCAAAUCCCUCUCUCUCUAUCUCUGCACCUUCCCUCUCUCUCUCUCUCUCUCUCUCUCCGUCUCUCUUCCUCAGACCAGAUCCCUCUCUCCCUAUCUCUGCACCUUCUCUCUCUCUCCCUCUCUUCCUCCCUCUCUCUAUCUUUCUGUUCACACCAAAUCCCUCCCUCCCUAUCUCUCUCUCUCCCUUCCUCCUUGCCUCUCCUCCUCAGUCCCUCAUAUCAUAUUUAACAGCCUUGCAAACGGCCUCUUCCUCCAGAACCUCUCCCUCAGAAGAACCCUCUCAGUGCUUUAACACGCGUCUGUGUUUAUCUUUUGUCAUGUCUGUCUGCAGUCUGCCAGCGAGUGCCCCACCCGUGUACCCGCCUCUACUCUGAAACAAAGAGUGUGCCCGUCUGGGUGGGCGAAGUCUGGCAUUACCUGUGAGUGUCAAACAGUGGACAUAGACCUCCACUGCAUGUUUGUACCUGUCAGAAUUGAUUUCAUAUAGACUGUAAACCUCUUUAUAUGCUGAAGUCUUCCCUGAUUUGAGCCCAGAAGCGAUACUCUAAGCACACUGACACCUGUUACAUAUAGUAGUAGUUGAACUUUAUUAAUUUCAAGAAUGUAAAUGGGUUCAUCCCCACAAGAAGCAUGUUGAAUAAUCUGUAUCUAUAUGUACUGUGUUUGUUUAGUAGAUAAGCUAUUUUUUUCCUUGUGCUCCCCAGUUAUAAAAGGACCUAUAAAGUGCAGCAGGAUGUUUGCUAUCGAGAGAUCUGUGAACCACCGCUGCUUCCCAAGAAAAGCCCCAGUGAGUUUGAUUGA